UGGCGGGGCCGGGAGAGUUAAUUCCAACUCCCUCCGGGCGAUUCUGGAGACCAGAGCGCCGAGAGCGCCUCCCAUUGGCCGCGAAGCCGGCUCGGCGCUGAUUGGCUGAGGGUCUCGUCUGUGCCUCUCGGAGGCUCCCCAUUGGCCCGCGCUCCAGUGGCUGGAGUGUGGCGACCCGACCUCCGCAGGUUACUCUUGGUUGAAGCUGCUACAACCUCCGGUGGCUUCCUGGAGACGCUCAUGCCUGGCCAGGGUCCCGACUUCUUUCUCGGAUCCAGAUCUCGUUGCUGUCUCGAGGAAAUCACCGGCUCUUCUCCCGGAUCCUUUUCUUCUCUAACCUGCUGGCUUUCUUUCUCCUGCCUCUCUGGCUUCCAUCUCCCAACUCCGCGGUUCCCUCCUCUACUCCCCUGCCCCCGUCGCCCACCAUCCUGAGCCAUCCCACCUGCAGCCUUCUGUCUUUUGCUCCUCCUUGACCUUAGAUCCCUUGACAAGGAGGGCUCUGCUAUAGCCUCACCAGAGUCUCCCAAAUUUUUCCCUCUUCCCUCUUUGCCAGCUCCUGACUCACAGAUCCCAGCUGACGUUUGACCACUUGACAUUUGACCCUGAAACCCUUGAUUGAAAACCUAAAUUCUUACCUUCUGCAACCUGUACUGCUGAAAGAGGUCUUCCCUUGUCUUCCAACCCCUCUUUCUGCCACCCAUCUUGACCUUCUUACUCUUGGACUAGUUCCUGCUAUAGCUAUCCCACCAUGGACUUCUUGAUGAGUGGCCUGGCAGCCUGCGGCGCCUGUGUAUUCACCAAUCCCCUUGAGGUGGUGAAGACCAGGAUGCAGUUGCAGGGAGAACUGAAGGCCCCUGGCACAUACCAGCGGCACUACCGAAAUGUCUUCCAUGCCUUCAUCACCAUCGGCAAGGUGGAUGGCCUGGCCGCCCUGCAGAAAGGCCUGGCCCCUGCCCUCAUAUACCAGUUCCUGAUGAAUGGCAUCCGACUGGGCACCUAUGGGAUGGCUGAGGCUGGGGGCUACCUGCACACAGCUGAAGGCGCCCACAGUCCUGCCCGCAGUGCAGCAGCUGGGGCCAUGGCUGGGGUCAUGGGAGCCUACUUGGGGAGCCCCAUCUACAUGGUGAAGACACAUCUGCAGGCACAGGCAGCCUCAGAAAUUGCUGUAGGGCACCAGUAUAAGCAUCAGGGCAUGUUUCAAGCGCUAACCAAGAUUGGCCAGAAACAUGGUCUGGUGGGGUUGUGGCGUGGGGCUCUGGGCGGCCUGCCCCGAGUUAUCAUCGGUUCCUCCACCCAGCUGUGCACCUUCUCAUCCACCAAGGACCUCCUGAGCCAGUGGGAGAUCUUUCCUCCCCAGAGCUGGAAAUUGGCUCUGGUGGCUGCCAUGGUGAGUGGCAUUGCAGUGGUUUUGGCCAUGGCACCCUUUGAUGUGGCCUGCACAAGGCUCUACAACCAGCCCACAAAUGCACAAGGCAAGCAUAGGAUCAUCAGUGCCAGUGCAGCGGUGACCACCAUCCACAUGCCAGUGCUCCGUAACAUUUCUCCCUAAGGACCCCAUGCCUGGAGCCGGCUAAUAGCACACGGACCCACCACCUUCCUGACGGGUGACAUAUUCCUCCAACUGGAUUCUGGCAACCUUUAGUUUUUACUUCUCCACAGACACAUGCUCUCCUGCGUCUCAUGCCUGUCUCUCAACACACAUUCUAGAAGCGGGAGGAGGAAGCAAUUUGGACACUGUCAAAUGGGAGAAGUGGUGUGUGGUGACAGAUAGCAACCCUGGUGGCCUGUCCUGAGUCUGGGAGAGAGCCAAGGUGGGGCUCCCAUUACAGCUCUUCAGAAUCCUAUGGGCCCCCUGCAGAGACAGAGGCGUGACAUAGACAAGGGGAGGAGGACUUUCCUCAUCUACCACUGGUCUAUGCAAACCUCCCCAAAUGCCAAGGGAGCUGAGACGCUGCAGAAAGAGACCGAAGCCAGGCAUGGUGGCUCACGCCUGUAAUCCCAGCAGUUUAGGAGGCUGAGGUGGACAGAUUACCUCAGGUCAGGAGUUCGAAGCCAGCCUGGCCAACGUGGUGAAACCUCAUCUCUACUAAAAAUAUAAAGUUAGGCCAGGCGUGGUGGCUCACGCCUGUAAUCCCAGCACUUUGGGAGGCUGAGGUGGGUGGAUCACCUGAGGUCGGGAGUUCGAUAUCAGCCUGACCAACAUGGAGAAACCCCGCCUCCACUAAAAAUACAAAUUAGCUGGGUGUGGUGGUGGGUGCCUAUAAUCCCAGCUACUUGGGAGGCCAAGGCAGGAGAAUCACUUGAACCCAGGAAGCAGAGAUUGCAGUGAACUGAGAUUGUACCACUGCACUCCAACCUGGGAAACAGAGUGAGACUCCAUCUCACAGACAGAGAGAGAGACUGAUGUAUCCAGUUUCUCAGAAAGAAACAUUUAAUAGUGACUUAGAAACAGAAGACAAGUGGCUGCCAGUCAGUCACCCCUGAGUCCCAGGGCUGAAGCACCAUAGGGAAGGAUAUACAUGCUUCAGCAGGAACGUGUGGCACUACUGAAGUCAACUCCUCAGGGAAAGACACAGAAUGCUAUGUGAAUCUACCCAAGAGCAGGAUUUAAGGUCACAGUAGAUAAAGUGGCAAUCUUAGAGACAUUCCCAGAACAAGGGUUAACCAGAGGAUAACAUGGCAGAUCAGUAUCCAAGACGGGGCGGCUUCAUCCUCCACAACAAGCCAGGCUGGGAUCCCUGUUCUGAAACCCAGUGGAACUGCCCCUUGCUUCAUCCCUUGGAAACUCUUAGAAGGUACCAUCCUUCUUGGGAGUCCACGAGGUCCCAGCCUCCAAAGCACCAUAUAAUUUAGCUCUUUUCAUCUGCUUUAUUUAGCCAAGACCACUUCCUUGUAACUUCCACAGGUGAGAUGUUUGGAAGUGGGAAGGGCUUCUGUACUACAUUUGGCAGUGAUCUAGGGGAGAGAGGAGCUGUGGUGAACAGGCCUGCUUCCUAAUUCCUUCUGUUGCCUCAGAUCCGUGGGCAAUGGGAAGCUGCUUAACCGGUUAGACUGUUGGGUUAGUCUUGGCCAUUCCUUCUCAGCCUCCUCUUUUUCUGUCGACCCCUUAAAUGUUGGGCUCCCAGGCCCUGCACACUCCCCUAGAUAGCCUUACCCAUCCACAUACCAGUGCUUCCCAAAUAUUCAUCUCCAUCCCAGACCUCUUUGUCUUUUUUUUUUUUUUUUUUUUGAGACAGAGUCUUGCUCUGUCACACAGACUGGAGUGCAAUGGCCCAAUUUCAGCUCACUGCAACCUCUGCCUCCCCAGUUCAAGUGAUUGAUUCUUCUGCCUCAGCCUCCUGAGUAGCUGGGAUUAUAAGCAUGUGCCACCACAACCGGCUAAUUUUUUUAUAUUUUUAGUAAAGACAGGGUUUCACCAUGUUGGUCAGGCUGGUCUCGAACUCCUGAUCUCACGAUCUGCCUGCCUCGGCCUCCCAAAGUGCUGAGAUUACAGGCGUGACCUGCCACGCCCGGUCCAACCCAGAUCUCUUCUGACUCCCUCCUGGAUACCUCCACUUACAUGUCUCCUUGACAUUUCAAACAACACAUCCUAAGCAAAGCACAUCAUCUUCCUCCAAAACAUGUCCCUAUCACAGGUAAUGACAUUAUUAUCUACCCAGUGGUUCAAGCAAGAAGCAUGGGCAUCGUCAUUGGCUCCUCUCUCCCCAUCCCUCUUCCCCAACACCCAGUUCGUGUUGCUUUAUUUUGUUUGUUUGAGACAAGAGUCUCGCUCUGUUGCCCAGGCUGGAGUGCGGUGGUGCGAUCUUAGCUCACUGCAACCUCUAGCUCCUGGGUUCAAGCAAUUCUCCUGCCUCAGCCUCCUGAGUAGCUGGUACUACAGGUAUGUGCCACCACAUCCAGCUAAUUUUGUAUUUUUAGUAGACACUAAAAUGUAUUUUGUAUUUUUAGGGGUUUCACCAUGUUGGCCAGGCUGGUCUCAAACUCUGACCUCCUGAUCUGCCUGCCUCGGCCUCCCAAAGUGCUGGGUUUACAGGUGUGAGCCACCGUGUCUGGCUGUUCACGGUGAUUCUGUCUCCUAAUAGCCCCCGAAUUCUUCCACUUCUCUUCAUCUCCACUGCCACUACCCUAGUCUGGGCUAGCAUUGUUUCUGCCUGAAGACUGUGUAGCUUUCUCCUCCGACUCCCAUGUCCUCUCCUGCCUCCCACCUCUGCAGAGUGAUUUCUCAAAAAUGCAGAGCUGUUCAUGUCUAUCUGCUGUAUAAACCCAUCCAAAUGGUUUCUACUACUCUUAGAAUCGAGUCCAGAUUCCUGUUCUGUUAGGCCUUUGAUUUUACCUGUCCCGUUUCCCAUUUGUAUUAUGCUUGAUGUUCCAGACAGACUCACUCCCCUCUGUUUAGCUCCUUACCAGGCCUCUCGCCUCUGCGGCUUUGCAAAGAUCCUUGUUUUUCUAGCGUGCCACCCACCUUUAUGUAACAAACUGCUACUCUUCCUUCAGGUCUCAGCCCACUCCGAGAAUCCUUCCCUGAUCCCAAAAGUCCAGGCCACAUCCCUUGCUAUGCGCUCCGUGGCACCCUGGGCUUCCCCUCAAUUGAAGUCCCUUGUUCCAAGUCUAUAUCCCUCAUGUGUGCCCUCCAGGAGGAGGUCCUUGACAGUGUCGUUCCCUGAGUGACAGUAUGGGCAGGGCUGUUUCACAGUGCUUUGUCUCAUUCUGUAGUCGCAGGCUGCCCCUCCAGCCUGACCAGGCAGAGGGGGCUGCACAAAGCCCUUCCUGCUUGCGGGAGCAUGGCCCAAUGUUGCAGGCACUCUCAGGGGGCUGCCCACACAGAAAGGUUUCCUGAAGCCCCACAGGAUGCCAAGACCUGGGCCCCACUGCAGCGGGUCUCAGGUCUCUACUGUCUUGCUGUUUGCUGCCCCCAAGUGUCCAAUGACAGAAGUUUUAUUUGUUUUCCACCACCAGAGGGUCUUACACACAGCAAGUGCUGGGAGAGCGCCGCAAGCCAGGCCCCAGGAUACUGACUGUCCUGCUGCCGUGGGAGACAUUCCUUCACCAGGCUCACCACUGACUGAUGGCCACCCCGCUUCUUUCCAGCCUUUCUCCAUUAUCCAUGUUCUGGUUUGGGCAGUGUCCCAGACACAGUUCAGAGGGAAGCCCAUUGGUUGGCUGGCCUAUUGGAGAGCAGAGGAUGCCCUGGCUGGGAGCCUCUCUAAAACAGGUGGCCCCCACCAGGCGAUCCCAUCUGGAUGCUCUCACCCACACUCCUCCUCUGUGCUUAGCCCCUGCCUGCUGCUUCCCCGGCCAGUAGUGCUCCUUCCAGCAACUGAGGAUAACAGUAACAUAUGCUUAGUUCAGUGUUGUGUCUUUUUCUGUGCAACUGAAGGACCCUGGUGGCUGCUAGACAGAUGUUAAAUUAAGAAAGAAAAGACACUAGGCCGGGUGCGGUGGCUCACGCCUAUAAUCCCAGCACUUUGGGAGGCCAAGGCGGGUGGAUCACAAGGUCAAGAGAUCGAGACCAUCCUGGUCAACCUGGUGAAACCCCGUCUCUACUAAAAAUACAAAAAUUAGCUGGGCAUGGUGGUGCGCGCCUGUAGUCCCAGCUACUGGGGAGGCUGAGGCAGAUUGCUUGAACCCAGGAGGCGGAGGUUGUGAUGAGCCGAGAUCGUGCCAUUGUACUCCAGUCUGGGUAACAACAGUGAAGCUCCGUCUCAAAAGAAAAGAAAAGACACUUACUGAUUCUCCCUGCCUUUCCACUUACACAGGGCCAAUCUCCUUCAUUUGACCUGAUAACAAGAAUUCAUGACUUUGAAUGAUUGGACGAAUCAGGUAGAAAGGGAAAAUGCUUGGCCGGGCGUGGUGGCUCACGCCUAUAAUCCGAGCACUGUUUGAGGCUGAGGCAGGCAAAUCACUUCAGGUCAUGAGUUUGAGACCAGCCUGGCCAACAUGGUGAAACCCUGUCUCUGCUAAAAUUACAAAAAUUAGCUGGGCAUGGUGGCUUGUACCUGUAGUCCCAGCUACUCAGAAGGCUGAGGUGGGAGGAUCACUUGAACCUGGGAGGUGGAGGCUGCAGCCAGCCGAGAUGGCGCCUCUGUACUCUAGCCUGGGUGACAGUACGACUCCAUCUCAAGAAACAAACAAAAAAACCACAGAAGUUCAUUUCCUACACUCAAAACAUUCAGUGUUAUCUUGUCUUCAUGGCACUCCUCAGUGCUGGAAGAACCAGUCUCCUUUUAUUUAUUUAUUUUUUUUUGAGAGGGAGUCUCACUCUGUUGCCCAGGCUGGAGUGCAGUGGUGCAAUCUGGGCUCACUGCAACCUCUGCCUCCUGGGUUUAAGUGAUUCUUCUGCCUCGGCUUCCCAAAGAGCUGGGACUACAGGUGCGCACUGCCAUGCCUGGCUAAUUUUUGCAUAUUUAGUAGAAACAGGGUUUCACCAUAUUGGCCAAGCUGGUCUGGAACUCCUGACCUUGUGAUCUACCUGCCUUGGCCUCCUUUUAUCUUUUUUUCCUGAGACAGGGUCUUGCUCUGUUGCCCAGGCUGGAGUGCAGUGGUACAAUCACAGUUUACUGCAGCUUCAACCACCUGGGCUCAAGGGAUUCUCCCACCUCACCCUCCCAAGUCAUUUCCUCUUAUCUUGUUGCUCUGUAUGGUGCCAAUUCCCAAAGUUACUUCAGUUUGGCUGCUGGACUUCCAGCUGCAAUGUCUGCAUUCCAGACAACAGGAAGCAAGAAUGGAUAAAGAGAAAAAUGUAUCCUUCUUGUAAGAACACUUGGAAAUUGUAUACAUCAUUUUAUCUCCCAUUGGCCACAAUUUAAUCAUAACUGGGAGGGAAACUGGGAGAUGUCAUCUUUAUGUUCGGCAGCCACAACCCCAGCUAAAAUGCUGAAACAUUCUUUUUUUUUUUUUUUUGAGAUGGAUUCUUGCUCUGUCGCCAGGCUGGUGUGCAGUGGUAUAACCUCGGCUCACUGUGACCUCCGCCUCACAGGUUCAAGCAAUUCUCCUGCCUCAGCCUCCCAAGUAGCUGGGAUUACAAGUGCACUUCACCAUGCCCAGCUAAUUUUUGUAUUUUUAGUAGAGACUGGGUUUCACCAUGUUGGCCAGGAUGGUCUUGAUCUCUUGACCUUGUGAUCCACUCGCCUCAGCCUCCCAAAGUGCUGGAAUUACAGGUGUGAGCCACCGCAACCGACCAUUUUUUUUUUUUUUUUUUUUGAGACAGUCUUGCUCUGUCGCCCAGGCCAGACUGCAGCGGCGCGAUCUCAGCUCACUGCAAUCUCUGCCUCCCUGAUUCAAGCGAUUCUCCUGCGUCAGCCUCCUAACUGGGAUUACGGGUGCACACCACCACACCCAGGUACAUUUUUUGUUGAAGACGGGGUUUCACUGUGUUGGCCAGGCUGGUCUCAAACUUGAGUGAUCCACCAGCCUUGGCCUCCCAAAGUGUUGGGAUUUUAGGCGGGAGCCCCUGCGCCUCGCCAGAACAUUGUUUCUAGAGAGGAAUCAAUUAUUGAAGAACAACCGGCAGCCUCUCCCACAGGGAGUGCUGGGGAAGUCAGCAGAACACAAAGUGAGUGAAAGGGAAAUAGUGAAUGGCAUGUGCCUACAAUGGCCAAGGUUUUCUUUGAACUGGGUGAACAGUCUGGCAGUAGAGGAUCCUGACUCCCUAGCCUGGGAAGAUGAUACAUGAAGUUGAGGUUUGAAAAUAAAAGCCACCACUUGGAGGGGCUGCAGAAAUGACUCUGAGGAUAGCUGGUUUUCCUUGAAGGCAAGGAGGGGCAGAGAGAUAGCCUGGAGAGUUCACCAGAGGGCCCGUGGGAUUGGGUGGGUGGGAAUGGAGCUGGGUUAGGGUCAGCAAGGAUAGGGUUAUAUGGCUACUGGAUGAAAAGCCAGUUGAUUUGGUCUUGAUAGUGCCUGAGGAGGGUGAGUCUUACUUGGGCAUUGGGACCCAAAACAGAAACUGCUCCCUCUUCAAAAUCCACGAAUCUAACAUCACAGCCAACCAGGAAGUUACCUCACACAUCAUUCUCUGAAUUUUGCCAUCAAGCACUUAAUAAACUUGGUAUCUAAGCCUUGGCACCAGCCUCCAAAUUGUACAUUCAACACUUUAAAGACACACAUAUCCUUUCCAAGGGUAAGGAAAGAACAUUCCAUUGUCAAAAAUGAUCCUGAGGAGUCCCAUACUGCUCAGGGUAGCUCAGUUUGCAAAGCAAUGAGAAAAACACCUGAAAUAGUUUUUCCCAUACCCAUCAUUUAACACUGCUUCAUUAUUUUAAGUUUCUUCUUAGGGUGGCUACUCUACCAGGAGCACACAGAAGGGCUCAGCCUCCCAGCCCAGUUCUCCAGGCCCUCAUGCUCUCAGGGAUCUGAGAUUAUAGUUUCCAUUCCCAGGGAAACGCCUUUCAUCAAGAUGUGAACAUUCUAGGAGGCCAGCCAACUUAAGCUGUACAACAGAACAGUCAUGAGGAAGGGACCUCUAUACACAGUUCUGUGAGCAAAGGAAGCACUGGACAGCAAAGGAAGCAGACAGCUGCCAGCAGGAAGUCCAGAUACACUGCCUCCAGGAAGUGAGACUGCAGGAUGCUGAGAAACAGAUUUAGUAUGGAUGGGCACA